AUGCCGACAACCAUAACAGCAAAAGAAAAUUACUUGUACAAAUCGAAGCUUCCGGAUAUCAACAUUCCUCAUCAUCUACCUCUGCAUGACUAUCUCUUUGAGAGAUUAGCAGAGGUGAGAGACAGGCCAUUUCUGAUCGAUGCAGCGACUGGAAAAACAUACACCCAUGGAGAACUUCACACCAUUUCACGAAAAGUGCCUGCUGGUUUGGCCAAUCUGGGACUGCAAAGAGGCGAAGUUGUACUGCUUCUCCUGCCCAACUGCCCAGAAUUUGCAUUCGUCUUCUUGGGAGCCUCUAUGAGAGGCGCCAUUGCCUGCACUGCCAAUCCUUUCUACACUCCCUCCGAGAUCUCUCGCCAGCUUAAAUCUUGCGGCGCCCGUGUGAUCGUUACUGAAGCUGCCUGCGUAGCAAAGCUCAGAGACGAAAAUUUGGUGGUUAUCACCAUCGACAGUCCGCCGCCGGGAUGUCUGCAUUUUUCUGUUCUGAGCGAAGCGAAUGAAAAAGGGGAGUUUUUGCAGUGUGGUGAAGAUGAUGUGGUAGCGUUGCUCUACUCAUCGGGCACCACGGGGCUCCCAAAGGGUGUCAUGAUAACUCAUAACAACCUUGUUUGCAGCGUUGCUCAGCAGAUGGACGGGGAGAAUCCUAAUUGUUACUUGCAUGGUGGGGACGUUCUUCUCUGCCGGUUGCCUCUCUUUCAUGUUUAUGCCCUCAAUAGUAUAUUUCUUUGCUCGCUCAGAGCUGGCGCUGCAAUUCUCAUUGUGCGUAAGUUCAAUGGUGUCGGUGAUUUAAUGGAGAAAAUAGAGAGGUUCAGGAUCACCAUUGCUCCGCUUGUGCCUCCCAUUAUCUCGGAAAUAGUGAAAGCGUCUUCCGUUGUUUCUAGAUACAAUACAUCGUCGCUCAGAAUUAUCGUCUCGGGUGGUUCUCCCAUUGUUGAAAAAGGAGUCCAAGGAAGAUUGAAAUAUCUAUUCCCCAACGCUGUGUUUCGUGAGGCUUAUGGUAUGACGGAAGCCCAAGUGCUGGCAACGAAUUUGGCUUUUGCCAAGUUUCCAUUUGAAACAAAGACGGGAGCAUGUGGGUCUGUUGUUCGAAACGCUGAAAUGAAAAUAAUUGAUAUAAAAACUGGUGUCUCUCUACCCCACAAUCACACCGGCGAAAUCUGCAUCCGUGGACCCCAAGUUAUGAAAGGCUAUCUGAAUGACCCCGAAGCUACAGCCAAAACUAUUGACAAGGAUGGGUGGCUACACACUGGCGACAUUGGCUUUAUUGACACCAAUCAAGAAAUUUUCAUUGUCGAUCGAAUUAAAGAGCUUAUUAAAUGCAAGGGAUUCCAGGUGGCACCUGCUGAGCUGGAAGCCUUACUGUUGAGUAAUCUGGGAAUAGCUGAUGCAGCCGUGACUGGAGAGAAAGAGCAAGUGAGAGGAGAGGUGCCUGUGGCAUUCGUUGUGAGAUCUGCAGGAAGCGAAAUAAAUGAGCAAGAAAUACGAGAGUUUGUAGGAAAAAGAGUUGUGUUCUACAAAAGAAUUCGUAAGGUUUAUUUUGUCCCUCAAAUUCCCAGAUCUCCUUCGGGCAAGAUAUUGCGCAAAAGUUUAAUGGCAGCAUUAUAA